GAUUACAGUUUGGAACCACAUGGAAUCAGUUUUAUUUGUGCUGACAUCAGUUCAUCAACUCUGUAAAUUCUGAUUUGUGGUUGUUAAAAACAUUAUUCCGUACUUGGUAGUAUAUAACAUACAUAAGGUAUAUGCAUUUAGAGAACUAAACUUAACAUUUAUUGAAGAAAAAAAACCCCACACAAGCAAACAACAAUCAACUAUUGUACUUUAUCAAAUUAUUUAAAACUUUAGACUGACGAUCAUUGCUUUAUUUGAUUAAACUAAAACCACAACGUGUAUGCUGACGGUUUUCCAACAAGUAUAUAUUAUAUUGGCUUUUCGUUUCCAGGACAAAGUGAUUUUAUUCUGUUCAUUUAUGUAUCCGCCUUCUAGAAUUAUCUACACUUUGAAAGUCUAGCCUUGGAUAUCUAUUGUCUACCUUCUGUUCAUUGAUAUCAUAGUGUUUUAUAACACACAUCUGAAGUGAUGAAGGCUCUCAUCUUGGUUCUGUUCGCUGCCUCAGUUCUACAGUGUUUGUGUGGACUGGACAUCAGCUUACGUCAUGGGUACUGGAAACAGAUGCACGAUUUGAACGACAUAAAUAUGGAGAAUCCUCUCCAUCAGUAUUCUGGCAUCACUUCGAAGAUGGACUGUUCGCGACUGUGUUUGAACCACGCGUCUUGCUUGGCAUACAGUUUGAGGCAACAGUCGGCCGUUUGCAGAGUCUACUCGCAGUAUACCUGGGGUGGAUUAACUUGGAUCGGCUACCAAACCUACUGGAAGAUGUAUGACCACUGCUCUAAUAACUACACUCUGAUCGAGACAGCCGGGGUAUGUGUGAGGCUCUAUGACUCUCCACAGUCGUGGGCCCUGGCAGAGCAGACGUGUAUACAAGAUGGCGGUCAUCUCUUUAUAAUCGACAGUCAGCUCCGCCGCGACGUUCUGAGAGCAUUCAUCCAAGUUAAUGGAAAUCUGACCAACCAGUACUAUAUAGGCAGCAAGAAGAAUGGUUUAACGUACGCUUGGAUCAAUGGAGUCCAAGUGGACAGUUUCUGGCACGUGAAUGCCCAGCAGUCUGCAGACUAUGUACUUUGCCAGGAUUACUUGGGUUCCCUCCAUCUUGUUGACUCGAGCGGCACGUCGGCAGAGAGUUUUGUGUGUGAACUACCAAUUUUAAAUCUGUAGUGUCCGGGCAUUGGUCAUCGCCUGUGGUACUGAAGCAGACCGCACACAGAAAGCCGGUGUUUUAAUAUCUGUCGAACUGUCUGAUUUUAACCGUGUAGUUACCACAAACCGUGCCAUUUAUACAUGUGGAAACAUUACACUUGAUAACU